UUUCUCCGUCCUCUCUUAUCUCCCGUACGCGCCAGGGACACCUAGCUACAGCCGCACGGUGGCGGCCGGCCGGCCGCCGAGCUCCCCCCUCCCCCUCAUCUCUCUGCCUUGCGGCUGCCCAGGAAGGCUUCCUCCCGGCGCCUGCGCCGAUCUCCCACGAGCAGGGGCGCUGCAUCCUUACCGAACUCAGACUUGCAUGGCGACAUGCGAUGAAGAUGCUAAGAAGGCGUACGCCGAUUUCGAGAAGAAGAUCAAGAGGACGAUAUACAUAGAUCAUCUUUCCCCUCAAGUGACGAGCUCAGUAAUUAAAGCAGCUCUUGCCCAAUGUGCGAAUGUUGUCGAUGUGGAGUUUAUUGUUAAUUACACGAUCCCGUAUGAUAUUCCUUCUGCUGCAUUGGUUGAAUUGGAUGAUGAAAUACAAGUUAAGGCUGCAUUAGGCUUGAUGAAUGAUUUCCCUUUCAUAAUUGGUGGAAUGCCAAGACCAGUAAGAGCUACCUGUGCAAAGCCCGAGAUGUUUCGGGAGCGCCCUCCUCGCCCUGGCAUGAAGAAAGAGUUCCGGUGGGUAAAACAAGAAGAUGGAAAGGAGUAUGAAGGAAUGAAAAAACUGAGGGUCCUUGCAAAAAGGCAAGAAGUAGAAAAUAUGGCACUCAUAAAGAAUCAAAUGGAAGAGGAGAAGGAGCUGGCAAAGCAGCAGCAGGAAUUACUUGAUGCAAAUUACAAGAAGUAUGACAUGCUGGAGAAUGUCGUACAGAACGGAAAUAUGAAGAGCCUGGCUCACCAUUAUGGAGUCGGCUUGGCCGAUGAGUUUUGACAAUCCAAUUCAUGAGCUGCUUGCUUCUCUAAUAAGUCUGGUCUAGUUUCCAGAGGAAGCAACAUGUCUAAUAACCCUCUCUCUCUCUCUCUCUCUCUCUCUCUCUCUCUCUCCAGGCCUAUAGGGCAUUAAUCAUGUGAAUGUGCGAGGUCAAUUAUGCAAUGACUAGGUUGAGGCACGCAUUAGGCGUGAGAAAAGGCAUCCUGUGUGUAAAAAUAGUUGGCUGCCAUAAUCUGAGGGGCUAUCCCUUCAGCCCUUGUGAUUCUGUGAUGCCGAGCGGAAAUGAUUAUCAAAACUUGUUUACCAUUGAA